UUGUUGUGUGGGUGGAUUACUUUGAUGCUGAAUUUGUAAAAAAUAGAGCGAAAGGACAUGGCCGAGGCAGCCAACGUGCGUCAAAAUCUCCAAAAUGUGCCCUCGAUAUUUGAAAUAUCUGCAGCGGAAACCCUAGACAACUUAAUAUACCCAGCACUGAGCAAAGUAUUUGAUUACUUUGGUCUACGUUUGGACUUUAAGCUCUGGGGCCAAUUGCAUUUUCGUGAGGAAUUUUCGCCGGUAGUCACUUGGGUACUUCAGUACCUGUAUCUGCGCAAACGUGCAUCCUCAUUUGGGGAGAGCUUCUAUGGCCUGCAGAGAACGGACACGAAGACAGGGGAACCCCUGACACGCCCACAGCAAUUCAAAUCGGCUACCCUUUUGACACUUUUGCCGUACAUUGAGCGGAAACUGAAGGCUCGCAGUGCGCAUCACGAGGAAACUUUUUCAUGGGAGUCCCACCUAAUCAAAUUAUUUCACAUUUACAACGCGUCACGAGCGGUGCAUACGUUUCUAUACCUGAUUAAAUAUUCUGCCAGCCAUUCGCCCAUUUUUCGUGCAUUGCGUCUCACCCUGCGCUAUCCCCGUGAGCCUCCCACAGAGGACAAAUGGACGUACAUAUUUCUAAAAAUGCUGGAAGUGCUUGCCUUCUUCCUGCAGUUCGUACAAUGGUGGUACUCCAACGAUCAACGACGGAAAGUGGGUGGUACGCUACAGAAUCCGGAGCCCAUGCCGGAGCGUCAGUUGCCGGAUGAAGUGAAGAAGACUCUGCCCAAGCAGGGCGAAUGCCCCGUGUGCCUGCUUAGAAUACAGACGCCCACAGCCUGCGCGGUAUCCGGCUACGUUUACUGUUGGAAAUGCAUUGUGACGUAUUUGAAGGAGCAUGGCUCCUGCCCAGUCACGGAUUAUCCCAUAACUUUGGAUGAUUUGGUGCGCAUUUAUGAGACUUAAGUUUAAAUAUAUAUUUUGUUGUACCAUUUACAAA